AUGUUAUCAAAUUGGGCUAUUAAGCAACUCGAGCAUCUUACUUUGGAUUACCUGAAACUCGAUUGCGCUGGUGGAAAAUGUUAUGGUAUUUUGGCCGUUCAUCGAGUUUGCUUCGCGCUUGUUCUUUUCCAUGCUAUUAUUGGUCUCCUCGUACUUGGUGUUCAUGACAGUCGUCAGAAACGUGCUGCCCUACAGAAUGGAUGGUGGGGUCCAAAGAUACUGCUAUGGAUGGGUCUUGUUGUUGCCUCCUUUUUUAUUCCAAACGGCUUCUUCAUCUUUUGGGGUAACCAUAUUGCCCUCAUCGGUGCAGCCAUCUUCAUUCUAUUGGGACUUGUUCUCCUAGUCGAUUUCGCACAUAAUUGGUCCGAAAGCUGCUUGGAAAAAUGGGAGAUGUCCGAUAACAACAAAUGGAAAUGGGUGUUGAUAGGCGGUACAUUGCUUAUGUUCGCCGGUGCUAUCACUUUGACAGGCGUCAUGUACGGCUACUUUGCGCAAAAUGGAUGUUCUUUGAACCAAUUCUUUGUGACCUUCAACAUGAUUCUCUGCUUCAUCAUCACCUUCCUCUGUGUCACUCCUGCCGUACAGGAAGCUAACCCACGAUCUGGUCUUUCACAAUCUUCCAUCGUUGUCAUUUAUUGCACUUACUUGAUUCUAUCUGCUGUUGCAAAUGAACCGAACGACAAACAAUGCAACCCAUUACGUAAAUCCGUUGGCCCACAAACCACAUCAGUUGUUUUGGGUGCUAUUUUUACGUUCUUGGCCAUUGCUUAUUCAACCAGCCGAGCUGCCACUCAAUUGAAAGCACUUACCACGAAGAAUGACUAUGAAGCACUCAACAAUAGCAGCGCAGUUCCUCUCCGCACCAACCAAGUGGAAGCUGGCGCUAGAACCAUGGAUACCAAUGUUAGUUCCAGCCGUCAAGCGUUGAUUGCCGCGGUGGAAAGUGGUGCUUUACCCGCUUCAGCCCUCAAUGAAAGUGACGAUGAAGACGAUGAUAGCUAUGACACCAAGGAUGAUGAGCGUCAUGGAGCAGUUUAUAACUACAGCUUCUUCCAUUUCAUCUUUGCCAUUGCCGUUAUGUACGUUGCUAUGCUAUUGACCAACUGGAACACCAUUGUCGAUGUUCCAGACGACGCUCAAACCGACAACGGCGAUUUGGUACGCAUUGGCCAGAGUUACACCGCUGUCUGGGUCAAGGUCGUUUCAAGCUGGCUCUGUCAUUUGAUCUAUGGAUGGACGCUUGUCGCACCUGUUGUGAUGCCUGAUCGAUUUGGGGUGAGUAGUAGUGUUUGA